GCCGCCGCCAGCGAGAGAUACCUCGCACCAGCGCCGCAUAUACCUCGGCUCACACUUGUGCAAUACUACGAGGGUAUGUGGUACUCUGAAAAUGAUCCUAAAAUGGCCGGCCGUUUGAUAUCACAAGAAAACAAAUUCUCCGAGGAUUGGUACAACACAAGAAAACUAGACGAACUGCCAUUCCAACACUAUCAUUUACUAAAAGACGACCCAGAAACAUUCUCACUAAAACCAUACUUUACUAAAUUAGACUGGAUUCAUGAUAAAUUAGCGGCAACUGACUGUGGUCAUUACUUGGAAGACAUCGCAUUAGUACACAUAGACCCUUUGCCAGAACAUUUAGAAGUACUAAAAGAUGUCUUUGAAACGCAUUCGUACGCGUUAGAUUACGACCAUAGACAAUUCUAUGGUCUUCUGAGAACUACGUUAGAGAAGAGGAAGAGAGAAGGAAUAGAGAUAGAGAGUGAGAUAGUAGAACAAUGGAUGGCGCAAGUUUGGGAACCUCCUGUUCCCACUUUUUAUCCUGUUAAUGAAGAUUUCUGGAAAGUGGUAGAGAAUAGAGAGAGAAGGGAUAUGUCUAUGGUCGAAGGGUUUGAUAGUAAAUCUUUUGAUUUGAUCGUGAGGUUUGAUACAAGAGGGAAAUUUAUUGCUACCAUAUCUACGGAGAGAGAGGAGAUAUGCGUUUGGGAUGUUAGUCGGUGUAAAUUAGUCAGAAAGUUGACAGGAGUAACACAUCCUAUAAACCUGGUGCCGAUAGACGAGUACAGAUGCGUAGUGCUUUGCCGGAGAGAACUUAGAGUCUAUGACCUGGAUCAGGGUAAGUUCGUGGUAACAUUGAAGGGUGUGAUGAACCAGAAGAUGCCAUACUACGGGCUGCACGACGCCUCGCAUCUAGUUGCCUUGUCCCGGAACAGGAUGUACGUCAAUUUGAUGAAUAUUGAAACAGGUGAUUGUGUAACAACAUUCAAAGCCGGAGAGGACAGGUUUCUGAACUCUCUACUUGUGUCCGGUGAUGGAAGGAUAUUGGUAUGUGGCGACGAGACUCAGAAGCCGUUCCCGCUAUUAGUAUGGUCGCUGACAUCUCGCAAGUUGCUGUACGACCUUCGUAUACCGCAUCACGACUUCAUCACGUCUAAAGCUGCUAUCACAUACGAAGGUUCAUACGUGUGCGUGGUAUCCCGCGAGCUGGAGGAACCGACUCCGAACUUCAUCGUGGUAUACGACCUGCAGUCGGGGACUCUGUUCAAGAAGUGGAAGCCCGGCUGCGACACCGCCGCGCUCGCCAUCAGCUCUGCCGACGGCUGCGUCGUCUCCGGCCUUGAGGACACCAGGAUACUGGUCUGGGAUCUCGUCACUGGCAACUGUCGUCUAACGCUGCGCGGACACGCGGCCGCGCCCUCCAUGCUGCGUCUGUGCCGCGCGGGCGCCGUGCUGCUGUCCGCGGACCGCGCCGCCAGGGACCUCUCCGUUAGACUCUGGGACCUACAUACAGGCAAAUUAAUCGCAGUGUACACUCCGCCGGAACGUAUAACAUGUUGCGAAGUACUGCUCGGGGGGUCCGUGCUCGCGUCGUUUUAG